GAUACCACCAAGGUAAGACUCUUCUAAGCCUUCCGAAAGAGCUAAAUUUAGCUAUUCUAGUCAUACAUCUUAAUUAAUGCUUGAUAUAGAUGAAGAUUUUAUCAUUAGCUAUUUUGAGCGUCCUACUCUUGUCUAUUAACUGAAAAUAUGACGAAGAAGCAGCAGUAGAGUAUAUGUACGCCUGCUCGUUAGCUUAUUGUCCUCCUGCACAAAUAUAACAGAAAGAGACUGUAAACAAGCAACUUAUAUGACAGAAAGCUUAGGCUUCAAGCCUAUAUUUGUCCACGAUAAUGGUGGGAUAAUAAGCCCCAUUUUCCUUGUUAUUUUGGAAAGAGAGCAUAAAAAAGAGCUGGUUGUUUCCUUUUCUGGAACUAAAGGGCCAAGUGAACUUAUUGAAGAAAUUAUUAAUAGUCUACCAAAGAAAUAUGCUCUCCAUGAAAAUGAUGAUGCAAGAGUAUUUGCUUUCUUCUACGAUCAUUAUGUCAACGAUUUUAAGGACUUAUUCCUUAACAAAAUAUCAGAACUUCUUUCAAUGGAAAAGUAUGAUGAUUAUAAAAUAGUUUUUACAGGACACUCACUUGGAGGUGCAUUAGCUUUACAUGCAGCAGCUGAUGGAACUCUUAGUAACUUAUACCAAAAUAGAAAUAUCUCGAUAUAUACUUACGGUCAGCCAAGAGUUGGAAAUAGAGAGUUUUAUAAUCUAUUCUUAGAAAAUAUUGAUGACUAUUACCGAUUGGUUCACCAUAAAGACUUGGUAGCACAUGUUCCUCCUUGUAUUCCUGACUUUUCAGGAGGAUGUCUUUCAGAUGGAGAAUAUCCUAUCUAUCCCUCACAUGGACCAACUGAGAUUUUUUAUGAUGAAGACAUGGAGUCAUACACAAUAUGUGAUGACCUAGAUGGUGAGGAUCCUUAUUGUUCGAACUCAAUUUUUAGUGACAGUUUCUCAAACCACAAGAGGUAUUUUGGAGAGCAUGUAGGGCAUCUUUACAAGGAAGAUCCUCCUAUAGGCUCACAAAUAUCCCAGAUGGUAAAAGAGCUUAUAACUUCUCAAUAACAAUCUAUUAGGUCCUAAGGUUUUUUCAAC